CUAUACCACUAUCUUACCGCUAUUUAAAUCUUUACCUUUACUUUUAAAACGACACUGCUUCACGUCGUCCAAUAAUUUCCACCCUAACUUGGACCGUCGUGGCGUAUUACGUACCCAUCGAAUCAAAAACAGAUAAAGCCUUCUUUUCUGCCCUCGUCACAACCUCGCGUGCAAUCCACUGUAAGAGUUAUGCAGAAAUCGUGCUUUUCAAGCAUUUUGUUAGGCGCGUAUACCAGAUAAUUAUAAGAAUCCGUCCGACAGUAACUAUUUUUGGACAGCAAAUUACCAUCUACUCACUAACCGUUUUUCACACGUCGCUUAGCGCAUCCAAACAAAGCACUCCAAGGGAAAAAAACAGCAGGCAAGGGUUUCCUUUGGCUUUGUUCUCUCUUUCAACUUUCACUGAUCAUCCAUGGCUCAUAGCGCUGCCUCCAAUUCCCGCCACCACCUCACCGUCAACCCUCCCCACCCGAUCUCCAAAGAUGUUGAAGGAUCUGACAAUCCUAUUCCGCUUUCACCACAGUGGCUUCUGCCAAAACUUGGGGAGAGUAAGCCUGGAAUAGGAACUGCGGAAAGUCACCCUGCCCCUUAUCCAGCUCAUGGAAAUCGUUCCAAUGUCAUGAAGCCAUCCGGAAAUGGUGAGGAGAUGCAUGAUACCCUGAAGAAGAAUGAUGUUUUCAGGCCAUCCUUACUUGAUAUGGAAACUGGUCGCCGAGACCGCUGGCGUGAUGAAGAGCGAGACACCCAUUCAUCUGUGCGCAAAGAUCACUGGAGGGAUGGAGAUAAAGAGCCCAGUGACACCCGCAGGAUGGAUCGAUGGACAGAUAACUUGCCUUCAAGACACUAUGGAGAAGCACGGCGUGCACCCUCUGAGCGGUGGACUGAUUCAGGUAACAGGGACUCAAAUUAUGAUCAACGGCGUGAGAGCAAAUGGAACACACGCUGGGGGCCUGAUGAUAAAACCACCGAAAGCUUGCAUGACAAGUGGACGGACUCUGGCAGAGAUGGUGAUAUGCCUCUUGACAAAGGGUUGUCUCAUCUUUCCCGUCAUGGGAAGGAUGAGAGGGAGGGGGAUCACUACCGCCCAUGGAGAUCCGCCUCUUUUCAAAAUCGAGGAAGUGGAGAGCCUCAACACCAAACACUAACUCCAAGCAAGCAGGUUCUAACAUUUUCCUAUGGCCAGGGACGUGGAGAAAACCAUCCUUCAACAUUUUCUGCUGGCCGUGGAAGGGGAAGUUCUGGUGGAAAUUCAGGGGCUAGCAUACCUACUCAUCGUCAAUCUCUGGGGCCCAUAUCUGACAAGGGUGAAAUUGACCAUGGAGAACCAUCCCUUUUAAGAUAUAGUAGGACAAAAUUGCUUGACAUAUAUAGGACGACUGACAUGAGAAUUUAUCAAAAUCUCUUGGAAGAGCUUGUAUUAGUACCUUCUCUUACACAGGAUGAAGCAUUGGAACCACUAGCUCUUUGUGCUCCUUAUUCUGAUGAAAUGGUUGUUCUGAAGGGAAUUGACAAAGGGGAGAUAACAAGUAGUGGUGCUCCUCAGAUGCCUAAAGAUGGGCCCAUGGGCCGGAACUCUACAGAGCUUACUCAUUCAAGACGAAACAAGAUUGGUAGUAGAGAAGAUUUAUCGCUUGCUGUUGAUGAUCGUAAAGAGGAAAGUGCUGACAUUCCAAAGAGCGGUUAUUCAAAUUACUCAGAGGGUUCGUCGCUUGAAAAUCCUAAGGGAUAUGCAGAUAAUAAAUUCACAUCCGGAGCUACAGAUGAUACUGGUACCUACAGAAGAGCUGAAGAGAUGCCCUUAAGUAGGGAACCAAGUAUACAAGUUACUAACUCUGUUAAUCCUGGUGUCGUGUGGCGAGCCUCAUCAUUGGGAGAAAGGUCACAUACAGUCACACAUGAUUGGAAGGAGGUUCCGAGUGAUGUUGGGUCAAGAAACCCUGAUAUGAGCCGGUCGCAACCACAGAAAGCUAUGAUUACCCAACGAGAAAGUAAUGUGAUGAAUUCAUCCUAUUCCAGAGAUGAAGCAAAUUGGCAAACUAGUGAGGACCCUAUUCUUAAGAGACAGCCAUCUGGAGUUUUAGAGAGGGAUUGUGAACCUAGGAAGUUGCCUGCUCCUGAGGACCUUCUCCUUCAUUAUAAAGAUCCUCUAGGUGAAAUUCAAGGCCCUUUUUCGGGGAUUGACAUCAUAGGCUGGUUUGAGGCAGGAUAUUUUGGGAUAGAUUUAGAAGUUCGCCUUGCAAACGCACCCAAGGACUCACCAUUUUCCUUACUUGGUGAUGUAAUGCCCCACUUACAAGCUAAAGCACGACCACCACCUGGAUUUGGUAUGCCAAAACAGGGUGAAAUCUCAGAUUUGUCAAACAGGCCUAAUUUUAGCAGCUUUGGGAAGGUUCAUACUGGUGCAAGUGAGAUUGAUAUGAUAAAAAAUGAGCCAAGGCCAACAACAGAAGCUGAGAAUAGAUUUUUGGAGUCACUCAUGUCUGGUAGCAUAAGCAAUCCAUCCCAAGGUGUGCUAGGCUAUCUUGCAAAUAAUUCCAGUAGCAUUCCGGCGCCUGGAAUAGAAAGUGGAAGUGAUCUCUAUCUCUUGGCCAAGAGAAUGACACUUGAACAGCAGAGGUCAUUACCAAAACCCUACCCAUAUUGGCCAGGGAGAGAUGCUGUAUCUAUGGUUUCAAAGUCAGAGAUCAUCUCUGAAUCAGCCACACCUCACGCAAAGCACCUCACAUCAUUGACUGACAACACUCUUCAGUUGCCUCGUUCACAAGGUGCUGAUUUGAUGUCCAUCCUCCAAGGAUUACCUGACAGGUCUGCUCCUGGGGUAAAUAAUAGUGUUGGUGGUUGGUCAAAUUUCCCUGCACAAGGUGCCUUGAAUCACCUUCAAGAUAAGAUUGAGUUACAUCAUUCUCAAAAUUUUCCUACCCAAGCUCCCUUUGGGAUCCAGCAACAGAGGCUGCAAACUCCAAACCCACCUUCCUUGACAAGUUUACUCUGUCAAACUAUGGAUAACCCAUCUGGUAUUUUAACACCUGAAAAGUUAAUCCCAUCCAGUUUAUCUCAAGACUCCCAACUACUAAAUAUAUUGCAGCAGCAGUAUUUGAUGCAGCAGCUACAAUCCCAGGCACCAGUACCAACACAACAGAUGUUACUGCUUGAGAAGAUCAUGUUGCUUAAGCAGCAACAGAAACAGGAGGAACAGCAACAGUUGUUACUGCAACAACAAUUGCUUUCACAGGUUUUGCAAGAACAUCAUUCCCGGCAGCAUUUUGGUGAACACUCUUAUGGACAUUUACAGGCUGCUACAAAGCCAACAGGGAAUACAUCUGUGGAUCCUAGUCGACUUCAGCCAUCAUCCCAAGAUAUUAUUCAGAUUGGUUCACAGAUACAACUUCCAAGCACCCAAGAUGAACAUGCCAAUAAUUUCAUGGAUCUCCCUCCACAAGUUACCAAGGAUAUCAGUUAUGCUGUUAGUUCUGAAUCCCCUCCUUUGCAUCUGCCACACCAGAUGUUUGAUAGUAUUGAUCGGCAGAAGAGCUGGGGAACUAAUGCCCCAGAACUGGUUAAUGAUGUCCAACAGUCUUUGCCAGUGACAACAAUUGUCGAAAGCUCACACUCAUUGGAAGUGAACAUAUCCUCCCAGCUGGCUUCUCUUGUGCAAGAGCCCCUCCUUGCUUCUGACUCCCGUGCUCUUACAGCAGAGCAGCCACUGGACUGUGUUCAGAAGAUUGAUGAAAUUGUACCAGUUGUAACCCCAGUGAAUGAUGCAAAUUGUGUAUCCUUGGAGCACCUUGGAAUUGUUACUCCUAGAACCUAUAAAAUUGAUACACCUAUUAAUGAGGGUGUUCAACCCACUGCUGCCAGUGAUGAACUGCAAGUUGAAAGAGAAAGAAGCAGUGAUCAGCUGUCUGUGGUAAGAGAAGUUAAGAAUGUUGAAGCUCGUGAGGUAAGAAAAGCUUCGGAAAAGAAGUCUAGAAAGCAAAAAUCUAGUAAAUCACAUGCUUCUGACCAGGCAAAGGGAGUUGCGAAGGCUUCCUCUUCGGUGCAAUUGAAACCAUCUGAAACUGAAGAGGCAGUUGUUGGUGACACAAACACUUCUGGAGAUAACCUUAAUGGAAGAUAUCCAGUAAAGAGGGAAGAGAACAAAUCCAGAAUUGCCUCCAUUGUCCCCAUAAUGGAUUCUCACUAUGCUAGAAGUUCUUCGGUUGCUAAUGUUGGUGUGGUUGAUGAUGAAACCACAGAACACAAGGGUGACUCCAGACUUUCUGGUUCUUUCCCAGCGCAAAACACACCAACACAACCUGCACUACGUGCUUGGAAACAUUCUCCUGGUUUCAAGGCUAAGUCAUUAUUGGAAAUCCAACAGGAAGAACAGAGGAAGGCACAAACUGAAAUGGCAGUCUUAGAGGUUACUUCUUCUGUCAACUCUAUGAGUCUGUCGACUCCUUGGGCUGGGGUCGUGGCUAGUUUAGAACCCAAAGUUUCUAGAGAAAGUCAAAGAGAUGCAGAUAUUGCUGAGUCAGCUUUUGACAAACCUGAAAAUUCUGCAAAUUCAAAGAGUAAAAAGAGCCCAUUACAUGAUCUGUUGGCGGAAGAAGUUUCGGCAAAAUCCAGUGAAAGGGAUGUAGAUGUCCCGGACACUAUUUCUACUUUUUCUGCUCAUGUUACCACCACAAAUGUGGACCCUAUUGAUGAUGACAACUUUUUUGAGGCUAAAGAAACUAAAAAAAGUCGGAAAAAGUCUGCAAAAGCAAAGGGCACAGUAGCAAAAGUGUCAGAUCCUCUUAGUACUGCUGAUGUGCCUGUUGUUAGUGCAAGUCCUGUUGAGAAAGGCAAAAGUUCUCGCCCUGCAAAGCUGGAGAAGGAAGUAUUGCCUUCAAUUCCAUUGGGUCCUUCUUUGGGAGAUUUUGUUCCUUGGAGAGGGGAGCAAGUAAGCCCUUCCCCUGCUCCAGCUUGGUCUACUGAUUCUAAGAAUCUUCCUAAACCUGCAUCAUUAAGAGAUAUCCAAAAGGAGCAGAAGAGGAAUUCCUCAGUCCAGCCCACAAAUCCAAUACCAACUCCUCAGAAAUCCCAACCAAGUCAGUCAACACAAGGUGGUGGUUCAUCAUUGUCCAUCACUGCAUCUUCACCAUCCAAGGUUGCUUCUCCCGUCCAGAUUAAUUCACAUGUAUCUUCUCAGUCAAAAUAUAAAGGAGAUGAUGACCUAUUCUGGGGCCCAAUUGAUCAGACAAAGCAAGAAACAAAGCAAUAUGAUUUCCCUCAUCUAGCAAACGUGGGCGGUUGGGGAACAAAAAGCACUCCUAUUAAAGGAACUGCAAGUGGGGCAUUAAUUCGACAGAAGUCAUUGGGUGGCAGACCUAUCGAGCACACUCUGUCAUCCUCUCCUGCCUCUGCUCAGUCUUCCCUUAAAGGGAAAAAGGCUACAUUGACCAAGCAUUCUGAGGCCAUGGAUUUCAGAGAUUGGUGUGAAAGUGAGUGUGUUAGGCUUAUUGGGACGAAAGAUACUAGUUUCUUGGAAUUCUGUUUGAAGCAAUCUAGAUCCGAGGCUGAGAUACUUCUGGUAGAGAACCUUGGAUCAUUUGAUCCUAAUCAUGAGUUCAUUGAAAAAUUUCUCAACUAUAAGGAGUUGUUACCAGCCGAUGUACUUGAGAUUGCCUUUCAAAGUCAAAAUGACGGGAAGUCCACAGAGUUAGGCGCCAGAAAUGUGAAUUCUGGCAAUACAGGUGCUGGUGACUUUGAUCAGGAUGUUGCAGCCGGCCUGGAUGGGUCUUCAAAGGGGGGAGGCAAGAAGAAGGGGAAGAAAGGGAAGAAGGUGAGCCAGGCUGUUUUGGGAUUUAACGUCGUUAGUAACCGAAUCAUGAUGGGUGAGAUUCAGACAUUAGAAGAUUGAUAAUUUUGACCUUUUGAGAGAUCACAUUGGAUGAGAUUCAGGCAGUAGAAUAUUUUUGGCAGAUCGGUGUAAAUAAUUUUGGGUAAAUGUUUUCAGGUAGGAUUUUUUUUAUUACCUCCUUAUAGAGCAACAAGCAGCAGCAGCAGUAA